AUGGUCAAGCCCAAGCCGCAACCUUGUACUCUGGCCCUUCCGCCAGUUGCUCUUGAUGAACAGAAUCAGUCACAUCAAACUGCUACGACACCCAUAAUUUCAAAUCUUGCUGGUUUCCAGAGAGAGUUGCCUCUUAUAUGCCAAAGGAUCUUCCAGGCACUCGGAUCGCAACAAUCCGAAGCAACUUAUCAACGCUGCCUUUCCAUUGACCUCUUGGAUGCAGGAGUGGCCAAGGUACACUUGGAAGUGGAGCUUCCUCUGACAUAUAAAGGGGUCAUCGUCUCUUGCCGUCGAUCAGACAUGAUUGUGGAACUGGCUUGUGGCGGACGAGCUCUGUUGGAGUUCAAAGCUGUAAACAAAAUGACAGUGGAUCAUCGCAAGCAGACAGAAUACUACUUGCAUCAUUCGGAUAUCGAUGAUGGAUAUUUGAUCAAUUUUCCCCAUGACACUGGCUUUCCAAAUGUCACUGACAAAUCGUCAUUUGAAUACAGCGGCCUUGCUGGUAUUACCGAACAACUUAACAGCGUGGUGUUGGGUGGACCCGUACUACGCCUUCGGAACGAUCCAAAGAAUCGUGAGGUGGAAGUUGUCCAUAUCCUCCGUAGAAACAAGGUCAUAGAUGCAAAGAAGGAAGGGAAAAUUCCUCCGACAAAAGUGACAGCAGCUCCUUUGCCAACGCUGGGGCUCACCAAGAAGGGUCUGCCCUGUAAGAAUUGCAAGAAAGAAAACCGAUUAUGCCGCAUUCACAAGAGUCAGGCGGUGGGGUGCGAGGUUUGA